UUGUCCGCCCCAUUCUGUCAGUCUCCAUGAGUGAUUGAUUGCAGUGAAACUGGCACCGGUGGACAAGCACAUGCACCAAAGGCCAUCGAUUAGUCAAGGAUGACCGUGGAACAAGUGAAGAAUGAAGCUGACACCGCCUCAGUGGUUUUCAUGGCUCUGUUCACAGUGUUGUAUCCUGUCUUUAACCCGAAACAUCACCGGAGUUAUCAAGGAGCUGCUAGGCACAGUUAAUACUAUCUUCAGGAAAUACCAGUAUGAGAACAGAAGGGUCUGAGCUGUAACCAUGGGGACGAGGAUGGAGGUGGCACAGCUUGAAAGCAGGUUGAACACUGAGGAUUAUAAGAAAUUACAGAGCCUUUUCCUUGAUUCCUCAGGUAUACCUUGCUCCUUGUCCAGAGAUGAAUUCGUCAAUCUUGCUUGGACAUCAGUUGGCUGUGGGUCCAAGGAGGAAUAUGGGCUCCUGUUUGACAGUGUGGUUGCCACUCAGGUGCAUCACAGCCUCCUCCUGGGCAGUGAUGGUGUGGAAGAAGGACGUGUUGACUGGGGAGGGUUGUGCUCAUUUCUGAUGCUGGAGCUGUCUGAGAAAGUAAAGAACCGGAGAGCCAUUAGCGUGCCUCGCUGGAAGCCGCCGCUCACUUUAAUCUGUCCACAUCGAGACCCUAUUCAAAAGGUGUUGUACCUGCAGAGUUCAGGUCAGUAUCUCACUGUGAGUAAAAGAGGAACUGUGGUGCAGCGGGAUGGAGAAGACAUGUCCAUUUUGCAGACUCAUCGUCUGCAAAACAGCAGCGUCACACCUAAAGACCUCUGGGUCACCGACAUGGUGCUUCUGCAAAACGUGCACAUGAUAGCUGUGUCUUUUACAUGUAAACAGGUGUGUUUUUAUGACACACUGUCCAAACAGGACUUCAGCUGCAAUUAUAAAAUUCAGGGUUUGAUGUUUUCUCCCUGGUGUUUAGACUACUGGGUAGACCCUUUUCACCCCAACCAGGCAGUCCUUACCAUAGGAGACAUUGGGGGACAGGUCAGUGCUUUAUAUUUCACUUCAGCUCAGAUCUCACUGUUUGAAAGACUCAGUUCAAAGACAGAGUCUGACUCAGCAGAUGCUAUCCAGUGGGAUGAGCUGGUCAAAGGCAAAUAUUGCUCCUGCUAUAUCGUGACGCAUACAGCACACGCACCUUCAUGGGUCAGAAAAGUGCGUUACCUGGGCUCACUUGAGGCCAUUGUGUCAUGCAGCACCAAGCCAGAAAGCAGCAUGGUGAUUGGCUGGAGGGAAAAGGAAAGCCGGAGUCUGCGAGCCAUUUCCUAUGCUACAAAGAGGGGUGUGUGGGAUGUGGAUUACCACUGUGAACUCAGUCUGAUAGCCACUGCAGGCGUGGAUCAUCAGGUCCUGUUGUGGAACCCUUAUGUGAUAUCUGGGCCACUGUUUGUGCUCAUUGGUCACUCAAGCCCAGUCACCGCUGUUAACUUCACACAGACCAAGCAGCAACUGCUCAGCUUCUCCAAAGACAAGGUGCUCUGCCAGUGGGACUUGUCCAGCCAAGUGUGCAUUCACCGUCUUGCUGGUGUCUUCCCCAAAACACAGGAGAACACACACGUAGUCGUGUUUCUUCAAGAGGAGCACCAGCACCUCCUGCUUUCGUUCAACAGCCAGCUUCUAUUGCUGGAGACCUUGAAGGUGGAGAAGAAGACCAGCAGCCAUGAACAUCCUGUUACAUGCGUACUGUAUAACAGUCUGUUUAGACAGGUGGUCAGCAGCGACUCUGCCUCCUCUGUGAUCUGCUGGCUGGCUGACACAGGCCUCUCCACAAUGGCCUUGGAUGGUACUCAGACCCGACUAUUUACUGCAGGCGCUGAUGGAGAGGUCAAAGUAUGGGACUUUAGUGGCCACUGCCUGCAUAGAAUGAACGCCGGCCUGGGUCGGGCUGUGGACAUCUCGCAGGUUUUGCUGCUGCGAAGAAGCAUACUGGUGAUGGGCUGGAAAAGGAUGUUAACAGUUUUCCACAUGCAUUCCUUCUCACGGUCCAUUGUUGAACCUUUCGAAUGGAAUGGGGGUGUUCAGCAUCGUGGCAGCAUCCUCUGUGCUGCGUUCCAGCCUCCACAGACUCUUGUCACAGGAAGCGUCGACGGAGAGAUUAUAGUGUGGAACAGCAACUCAGAAAAAGCUUUAAAGAAACUGCAGCAAGACACAAACCACAAAGACUGUAAAAAGCAGCAAGGUGGUGCAGAUUUGGUGUCCUGCGAUGGUUUGGGUAGGGUCAGACUCUGGAACAUCCAGCACAGUCGUCUGGUGGGACGGUUCACAGCUUACAGCAGGGACCUGGGAUCUAUUGUUAUGACGGUCAGCCCCUGUGGGAAAUAUUUAGUUACAGCUAAUAGAGAAGGAACAAUCAAGACGUGGGACAUAGAGCAAUAUUGCCUCAAGUCAGAUGAAGAAGUGAAUGAAAAUCCACCAAAACUACUACAUAGUUUCCGCCCGCACCUUGAUCAUGUGACUCACUUGGAGAUCUGCACACAUGGUGAUAGACUCCUCCUCCUGUCAUCAUCAUCAGACUGCAGUGUGGCUCUUAGCUACCUGCUAGGAGAGACUGUCGGCCUUUGUGGACAGGAUGACAUUUGGAGCUUGGAGACAAACCAGGCUGGAACCAGAGUAACUACAGAGGUCAAGGAGACACUCGGGAAAGGAUGACCUUUAGUAUUCUGAGCCUAAUAAUGACCCAGGACAAGAAAAGGAGGUUGGGACGUAGCAGCAACCCAUUUUUACAAGCUCUUUUUAAUUCACAUUCAUCACUUAGUGAUUUACAGCAUUUUUAAAAGGAGAAGAUGGAUGAUAAAAAAAAUGUAAAGGAGGGGGUGGGAAUUUAAAGUGAGGAUGAGGACCCUGGGACGGAGACAGAAGCGAACACUUAAUAUUAAUCUUUUUCUUUUAUCUUUAUUUUCCCGCUGUGCUUCAGAAUGAAACAGUUGGUAAAUUUUCUUUUAUGAUUCUAAUACUUGGCAGCACAAGGGAAUAGGGGUCAGGUUAAAAAAAAUGCUUUAAAAAUGGAUUUUUCAAGUUCCUUUCAUAAAGCAUUCAUUGUAGAGAGUAGUCUGCUAAUUAAAACGUUGCUGUGGGGCAUCUAUAAUACAAAAAAGGUUUUAAGUUGUGAUCCCAGAGAAUGAACAGCCUGUCCAUGAUCAAAAUGAAUUUGUUAUUAUUAAGCUUACCUUUUGCAAACAUUUUAAGUUUGCAAUUUUUAAAGGUGAAAACUACAAAGCAUACUCAAAAUGUUGUUUCCAAAGCAAUAACGGUUGCAAUAAGCAAAAAAAAAAAAAAAAAAGAGAAGAAGAAGAAGAGCGCCAAGUAAGCAAGACUUGAUUUAUAGAACUUCUGCUUUUUCAUAUUUUAUUUCUUUGCCUCUGGACAGUGUUUUGUGUAUUUAUGGUGUUUUCUUAAAGGCUCGAAAGAAUUAUGUAUGACUCAUAUUUAACUUCUGAGAUGCUUAAAAUUGUCUAAUUCUGUCUAUUUUUCCUGCUAAGAAAGAAAAGACAUUUUUCUGUUGGAUUAGAGCAGGGGUGUCAAACUCUGGACCUUGAGUUGACAUCGCUGCUCUACUCGUCCUGCAGGUUUUAAAUUUUUCCUUGUUCCAGCUUACCUGACCCAAAUUAAUGGGCUGUUGUGGAGAACUUAACAACAAGCCAUUGGAUCCAUGCAGAGAAGCAUUUAAAACCUGUAAGACUGCGGUUCUGAAAAUCAGAGAUCUCUGCAGUAUUUUUGCCUAUUUUUAAUGUUGUGAAGUCCCAUUUAUUAACCAUUGUAUAGAUUUUAAACUCAAAAGAC